GUAGGUCGAUUAAUGAUGGAGCCAAACCUGUCAAGCAUCAAUACCCAUUUGAAAUUCCUUAAUAUAAAAUCCCCUCCUCCACAAACCCUCUUCUCCAACCCUCAGGCUCUCCCUCCUUCCUUCCCCCGCCAAAAAGACUAUUCUGCCCUUCCCUCCCCCUUAAUCUUUACCACAGCCAUGAUGAAACGCCUCUCUCAAAUCAAACUCCUCCAAGCCUCCGUCGCCUUCCUCCUAACCCUAACCCUAAUCCUUCACUCCCUCCUCUCUCAAACAACCCUCGACCUCCUCUCCCGCCUCCUCUCCCAAAACCGCAUCCUCGUACUAUCCUGCGCCUGGUGCUUAUCCAUCACCCUACUAUGCUACCUCUCCACCCGUCCUCGCCCUGUAUACCUCCUAGACUACGCCCUAUUCAAGCCCGACUACGACCGAAAAUGCAGCUACGAGGUCUGCGAGUACUUCGUUCGUCGCAGCAAUCGUUUCUCCACCGUCAGCGAAGAGUUCAUGCGCGGGAUUUACCUCAAGUCCGGCCUCGGCGACGAGACCUACGCUCCACCCUUCAUAUUCCAACACGACUACGAGGCGAAGCUAAAGUCAGCCGUCCAGGAAGCUGAAGAAGGCAUGUUCUCAGCCGUUGAUUCCGUCCUAAGCAAGACCCAAGUAGACCCACUUGCCAUCGACAUCGUCAUCGUAACCUGCGGCAUGUUCAGUCCUUGCCCUUCUCUCUCUUCUCUCAUCGUCAACCGAUACAAUCUCCGUCCCGAUGUUAAGACCUUCAACCUCUCCGGCAUGGGCUGCAGCUCAGGCGUCGCUUCCAUUGAUCUCGCAGCCAAGCUGCUGAGCCGUAACCGAAAGAUCGGCUACGCGCUCGUCGUCGUCACUGAAAGCAUCAGCUUAAACUGGUACUUCGGCGACAACCGUUCCAUGCUCGUCACCAACUGUAUCUUCCGCGUCGGUUGCGCCGCCUCUCUCAUCACCAACGACCCAGGGUGCCGCGGCUCGGCUAAGAUGGAGCUCACCCUCUCUCUCCGCACCCACCACGGCGCUGACGAUGCUUCCUACAAAGCCGCAUUCCAGGAAGAAGACGCCAACGGCAACGUCGGCGUUGCACUGACCAAAGACCUCAUCCGCGUCGCCGGCGAGGGCCUUCGCGACCACAUCCGCACGCUCGCGCCACGUGUGCUCCCGGUCUGGGAGCUCUUAAUGUACGCAUACUCAGUCGUAACGUGCGCACUCUCACGUGGGGAUGGGAAGCCGAUCGUGCCAGACUUCACGACGGCAUUCGAGCACUUGUGCAUUCACACGGGCGGGAAAGCUGUAAUUCAACAGGUUGGGAGGCUGAUGAGGCUCGGAGAUGAAGUUACCGAGCCAGCUAGAAUGUGUUUGCACAGGUUCGGGAAUACGUCGGGUAGUCUUGUAUUCUACGAGCUGGCGUAUUUCGAAGCUAAAGGGCGUAUAAAGAGAGGAGAUAGGGUUUGGAUGCUGGCUUUCGGGACGGGUUUUAAGGUUUGUAGUUUGGUUUGGAAGUCGCUUCAGGAUUCGUACCUAGAUGAUGAUAAUCCAUGGAGUGAUUGUAUCCAUAGAUAUCCGGUGAAUGCGUGGUAGGGAUUGCAUGAGAUUGGGGUGGUGGUAGGAUGGUAAUAGAAUGAAAGAUGGUGGGUGAUUAUUGGAAUUGGACAGUGAGGGUGCUGAAGAAGGAGAAAUAAGCAUGAAGAUAUGUUUUUGGUGGUGGUGAUGGUUUUUCUUCUUCUUCUACUUUUCUUUUUAUUUUAUUUUGUUUUUGUUUUAUUUUCUUUCUUAUUAUUAAUUCGGGGUUUUUUUUUUGGGAUGGAAGGGUUGUGAUUACUAUUUACUGUUUGUUACAGUUAUAAUUGCUGCAAAUGUGUUUUCAUGGUGGGUAAAAAUCUGAUAAUAAUACAAAGGUUGGUGAA